AGUGCGGUCGGAGAGAUGUGGAGCGGCGGAGUGUCCUCGCGGCCCGGCCGCAUCUCGCGAGCCCCGCGCCGGCGGCGGUAACAACAACAGCAUCAGGUCCCACCAUGAGCGGCCCCCAGCAGGAAUCUCACUCGGAGCAACAGGAGGCCGAGGUACAGGCCCUGAACUCCAUCUAUGGCCAGGAUUUCAGUGACCUCCGGGAGCAAGACCCAUGGAAGGUGAAACGCCCCCCAGAAAUCUGCAUUGCGCUGCACCCUCAGGGAUUGAUCAAUGUUGCAGACAGUCACGUUGCUGUGGAUUUACAUGUCAAUUGCCCAGUCAAGUACCCAGAUGUACCUCCAGAAAUUGAGCUGAAGAGAACAAAAGGCCUGUCUAAUGAGAAGCGCAAUCGGUUGCAUGCAGAGCUGGUGAAGCUCGCUAAAGAUCAUUGUGGAGAGGUGAUGAUAUUCGUCUUGGCUGAUCAUGUGCAGACGUUUCUCAGUGAAAACAACAUUCCUCCCUCCAAAUCCUUCUAUGAGGAAAUGCUGAAGAACCAACAGGAGCAACAGCGGCGACUUGCACAGGAGGAACAACGCAGGAUAGAACAGAAGAAGAAGCAAGAUGAAAAAAUGCAACGUGAAAUCCUUGAAGAAAUUCAGAGAUUAGAAGAGGAAAAGAGAGAUGCAAAGAAACUAACUCAGUUGGCCAAACAGGAGCGGCGGGCAAGUGCACAAGUGACCAUUCCAGGAAAUUCUUCUAAAAUUCCUGCUUCAAACAGGCAAUCUCCUACCAACUCGAAUGAAAAUGCAGCGGACCAAGUUGACCACAAAAAGGGAGGGAACAACCAGCGUCGAACCAAUUCCAACGGCCGCUCAAAGCGAGAACGGCAGCUUUCUGUAUGUAGCAAUGAGGACAGUGCCCAACCAUACAAGCUUAUAAAUUUCAACAUGGGAUCAACUGGAGGGUUCACCGUACACAGGGGAAAACUUAUCGGUGAGAACGAGCAGUUGAACCGGUCAGUCUACUAUGGCUUGGAAGAAUUGACAGGAAAUUUUGUGGUAAUCUAUGAAUGGGUUCUUCAGUGGCAGAAAAAAAUGGGCAAGUUCCUCACUAGUGAGGAGAAGGACAAAGUCGAGAAAUGCAGAAAGCAGAUCCAAGGUGCAGAAAGUGAAUUUAACUCUUUGUUGAAACUGAGCCACUCUAACCUGGUACGUUACAUGACAAUGUGCUGCAAAGAGAAGGAGAACUCCAUUUUGGUCAACCUUCUUGUCGAGUAUGUUAAUGGUUCCAGCCUCUCGGAUGCUCUGAACAAAGGGACACGCAUUGCAGUUGAGCGACUCCAGCACUAUGCAGCACAGCUCUUGGCAGCCUUGGACUACCUCCAUAAUAACUCUGUGGUACAUAAGGUCCUCAGUGCCUCAAGUGUUCUGGUAGAUGGGGAAGGCAACGUGAAGUUGACAGAUUACAGCAUCUCUAAGCGGCUGGCUGACAUUUGUAAAGAGGAUGUGUUUGAACAGACUAAAGUACGAUUCAGUGAGAAUGCUCUGCCUUACAAGAGUGGUAAAAAGGGGGAUGUAUGGAGGCUGGGCCUCCUUCUGCUGGCUCUCAGCCAGGGCAGUGUUGUAAAAGAAUACCCAAUAACUGUGCCGAACAAUCUGCCCAACGACUUUCAGGAUUUCCUCAACAAAUGUGUGUGCUUGGAGGAUAAGGCACGUUGGAGUCCUCAGCAGCUGCUUGAACAUUCCUUUGUGAAGCCCCAACUGGUACCUACACCAUCGACCUGCAAUGAAGACAGUCGAGAAGAUUCAGCAGGUGGAACAGAUUGUGCAGAAACUGUUAUCCCAAACAGCCAGAUCCUCACUGCGUCUCUUUACUCAGACACCCAGAAGCAGCUAUCGCGUUAUUACAAUGAGUUUGAGGAGCUGCAACUUCUGGGGGAAGGUGCCUUUGGAGCUGUCAUCAAGGUGAAGAAUAAAUUAGAUGGCUGCUAUUAUGCUGUUAAACGCAUUCUGGUGAAUCCUUCCAGUAAACAUUUCCGUAGAAUAAAGGGUGAAGUGACAUUGCUAUCACGUCUGAACCAUGAAAACAUUGUAAGGUACUACAAUGCUUGGAUUGAGAAACAUGAAAUCCAGCCUGCCUCAAGCCCAUCCUCAGAAAACGUGCCAGAGACUCCACCCCAACCUGAGGCGGAUUAUCAAAAAAAGCUAAUGAUGUCCGAUGACAUUGAAAAGAAUGCCCCACCCCCCGUCACGACCAGUUCCGUGGAAUGGAGCACAUCAUGUGACAGAUCAUCGAGCAUUAAGUGCACUGAGAGAGAGUCGAGUGAUGAGGAUGAUGAUGAAGAGGAUGUAUUCUGCGCAUCGUUUUUACCAGUUGACAUUUAUUCAGACAGUGACAUUGUCUUUGAGAAUGGCAGUGGCAACAGCAACAACAACCCUGCGGACUUCCGAUACACUGUUGACUUUUCAUCCUUUUCUGAGCUGGGCAGGGAAUCUACAUAUGCAAAGAAUCCUGAGGAUGGCAAAAUGGAGAAGGCAGAGGUCAUAAUAGAACCACUGACAGUGCACUAUCUGUAUAUUCAGAUGGAAUAUUGUGAGAAAAGCACUUUGCGCGACACCAUUGACCGGGGACUGUAUAGAGAUAUCAAUCGUCUCUGGAGGCUAUUCAGGGAAAUCCUUGAUGGAUUAGCCUACAUCCAUGAACAGGGCAUGAUUCAUCGAGAUCUGAAACCUGUUAAUAUAUUUUUGGAUUCCAAUGAUCACGUGAAAAUAGGAGAUUUUGGCUUAGCCACAGAUCAUCUGGCUAAUCCGGCAGGUGACAGACAGGAAACAGAAGGCAGUGGAUCCAUUCAUUUUAUCAAAUCUGACCCAGCAGGGAAUCUGACUGGAAUGGUUGGUACUGCUUUGUACGUGAGCCCUGAAGUACAGGGUAACACGAAAGCCUCCUACAAUCAGAAAGUGGAUCUGUUCAGUUUGGGAAUUAUUUUCUUUGAGAUGUCCUAUCAUCCCAUGGACACAACAUCUGAAAGGAUAUCUAUUCUCAGCAAAUUACGAAUGCCAAUAAUUGAAUUUCCUGAAGAUUUUGAUGAAGAAAGAUGUUCAAAACAGCGGUUGAUCAUCGGCUGGCUGUUAAAUCACGACCCAGCAAAACGUCCUACCGCAGUAGAGCUGCUGAAAAGCAAGCAUCUCCCCCCACCUCAGAUGGAGGAAUCAGAACUUCAUGAAAUGCUGCACCACGCACUGGCGAACACCAGUAGCAAAGUUUACCGGACGUUGGUCACUCAAAUCUUCUCCCAGCAUAUCACCCCUGCCAUGGAUUUCACCUAUGAUAUUGAUGUUCACAAGGGCAGUUUUUCAACGCACCACGCCAUCCUCCGGCACUUUGUAUAUGAGACAGUGUGUCGUGUGUUCAGAAGGCAUGGAGCUACCUGGUUGCACACACCUCUAUUAAUGCCAAAGAACAAGAAGUUGUAUGAAGGUAGUGAGGGAGCCUAUUUCAUGGACCAUAGUGGCAUGCUGGUCAUGCUUCCCCAUGACCUCCGGAUACCAUUUGCACGAUUUGUGGCAAGAAACAACAUCACUAGUUUAAAAAGGUACUGCAUUGAACGGGUAUUCAGACCCCGAAAGCCAGACCGCAGUCACCCUAGAGAACUCUUGGAAUGUGCGUUUGACAUUGUCACACCAGUCACAAACAACCUACUGCCAGAUGCAGAGGUGAUCUACACGGUUUUCGAAAUUAUUCAGGAAUUUCCUGUACUUCAGGAACUCAAUUACAGCAUCUAUCUGAACCAUACCAGUCUGUUGAAAGCAGUGCUGUUGCAUUGUGGGAUACCAGAAGACAAACUCCAACCAGUAUGUAACAUCCUGUGUGAUUCAAUGAUGGGGAAACUGACCAAGCAAGAGGUAGAAGCCAAGUUCUGCAAUCUGUCACUGUCACCAAACAAUCUCUUGCAUUUAUAUAAGUAUACUGAGAAUAAGCUGGAUCUGAAAGAACUGAGAGAUGUGCUGAAGCCUCUGAUGAAGGGGAAGAUGGCUGUUAGCCAGCUGGUAAAGCAGGCAUUAAAGGAGCUUGAGGAAGUUAUGGAACUCCUAAAGAAACUUGAUGUCAAACUGAAGGUAGUCGUGAACCUGGGCCUUGUCUACAAGGUACAGCAGCACAGUGGGGUAAUUUUUCAGUUUGUAGCACUCGUGAAGCGGCGACACCACAUUGUGCCUGAUAUCUUGGCAGCUGGAGGGAGGUAUGACAAUCUGAUCCUCGAAUUCCAGAGACCGCAAGUUGUAGGGCCACUUCCCUCUGCUGUAGGAGUUAGCCUUGCCUUGGAUAAAAUUUCCACCCUUUGUAACUCAUCUGAACAGCCUGUUACCUGUCAUUGUGAGAUCCUGGUGGUUGCUGUCGGGAGCGUGUCACUGGACAGGGCUAUUGGCCUCAUCCUGCAAUUGUGGAAAUCUGGGAUAAAAGCUGAGUUGCUGCACAAUGUUACCCAGGAAGAAGCUCAGGAGCAUUGCAAACAGGUUGGAAUCAGUCACUCCAUCCUUAUCUCAGAUAAGGAGAGUAAACACGUGAAGGUGCGAUCGUUUGAAAAGGACAAACAGACUGAAAAACGAAUUCUGGAAGCAGAGGUAGUGGAGCACUUAAAGAAAAUCAAAUCUAAAAUCUCAGACGAAAAGAGCAACAGGGAAUCUCCAGAGAGCCCCUCCUCUCAGAACCUGAAGGGAUCACUCAGCGGUUCUGCAGGACCUUUUGAAUCACAUGGAAGCUCGUUAGUGCCAAAUUUUAAUCUAAUUUCACCUGAGAAACUGUCAGCAAGCAUGAAACGGCGGUAUGAGGAAAAGGUUCUCUCAAGACUUCAAACCUUUGUCAGUAACCUGCAGCAGAAAAGCAAUGACAUUGAGGUUUUAGCGGUUGACAUAUCGAAGGAAACUCUGAUCAGCUUCUUAUCGCUUGAGUACGGUGGAGAUGAGCAAGCGUUCAAUGUCAGUGUGCAACACCUGCUUUCCCGGUCAACUAAACAGCGCUACCUGAAAUCCAUCUGUGACCAAAUCCAUCACUUCAAAUUGAUCAAGAGAGUAUCCUGCCUCGUUUUGUACAGUUACAGAGACGACUACUACAGGAUUCUAUUCUAAUGUUUGUACAGAAGGGUUGUAUUGACCGAGGAAACUACCUGUGGAGUUCACAAGCUGGGCAUCAGUCGGAGUAUUUGAAUCAAUAGAAAUUCUUCCCUCCAGCUGUGUACUGAUGUGAGGCAACGUGUUAAACCACGUACCAUCCAGGCAGCACUCCUCCAGAUGUCCUCAGCCUUGCACUUUCAUUCAGUUUCUCCAAACCUUGCCCACCUACCAAAGCAAAGGUGGUGACCCACUGUUUCUAGUGUUUUGGAGGCUGUCAGACAACCUGUGUAGUUGUUUUACCAGGUUGGGGCACCAGCAGGCUAUUGGCUAAAUUAGGCUUCUGAGUGUUUCAGACAGCAUGGACUGGAGUUUAAAAUAACUGAGAAUCUUUUUCAUGUUGUAAAUACUGUAGGCUUUCCUGAUUGAGACAGGAUGCUAUUUUUUACGGCAAAAAAUAAGUAUUUCAUCAGUAUGAAAUGUGUUAGUGAGCAGUUCCUUUGUUGUUUUUCACUGUAUAUGAUUUGUUUUGUCACGUGCCUCUGCAGAUCAUCUGCUCCACCUACUGUCACAAAUAAGGUGGUGUUAAGCUGAAUAUGGUCCCAUACCACCUCACUGAGAUCGAGUAUUUCCCUGCUCUCAGCUGAGAAAAGCUUGAGUUUUGAACAGCCACUUUCACUCAGGCUACACCCAGUGCUUGCUGGGACACUGAGCCUGCAGUGUUGCCACGUAUUCAAACAUACUCCUAGUUGCAGCUUUCCACUUGGGUCACAUUGUCUAUUUGAGUUACAAAAUUAUGUGCUCUAAGUGGAGAAAAAGUGCCUUUUAAAUUUAUUAAUUUCCAGGUAUGAUCCAACAAUUGGUGACUAUCAUCAGUUUGAUCCUGGCUCUCAAAAGUGAAUUUUCUGAGACUGUACUGAAUUUGAAGGAUACAUAGGAUCCAUGCUAUUUAAUGACUCUUCCCGUGAAUAAAGUAAUCUGCAGGAGAGGAAUUUUCACACACGUUGUUUAGUUAAAAAUCAUGGUGUAUGAAUUCAAACCAUAGCAUUCCUUAAUCAGUGACUACAUUAAACUGCAGGAAAGGAAUUUUUACACAUUGGUUUAGUUAAAAAUCAUGGUAUAUGAAUUUAAACCAUAGUGUUCCUUAACCAAAAGUAAUCUCCAUGUUGUAUCAGCAGAUUGUCACCCUCAGUAACAUUGGGUCAGUGAUUGGCUUAGCACGUUCAAACUGGUUUACCUUGUCCUGAGUGUAUUCACGUUGCAGCUCCUUUUCAUGUAGACUGCUGAGUGCAGCCUUCCACCUCUGUUUGCUAACCGGACAGAGGUUGGGAACAAUACUGAAGGUAAAUUUGUGACUUGAGUAUGUACUCAAGUAUUAAAAUAAACAAACAUAGGAUUUUGGAAGAUUUGUUAUGGCUGAUUUCAGUUUGAUUAGCUGUAGUCAUUGCAUUUUAUCAUUGAUUAUCUGUAUUUCACUCAGUGUUCCUCCCGUCUUAACACAAGAGAGAAGGACACAUAACCAUGGCUCAAUGGGAAUAGGUCCUGACGUUUAACUGGGGCUUUCCCAAGUUUCCAUGGUAUAGGAAGAAAUCACUUGGCCCGUUAGUUUUAGCAUUCUCAGUACAGCAAUCCAGUCAGUCCCACUCUACUCUUCAAAAAAAUCCUAAAUCACUGAGAAAACUUAUCACAAUUAAACAAAAUGUCAUUACCAUGAAUCAAGGCCAAUGCUUCCUUACCGUGGACACAACUUUGGAAAAGUGAAUUUAGAUUUUUAAUAAACCUCCAGUGAAAACAAAUAAA